ACAGCUCGGAAGCUGCGGUCUCCAUCGGUGCAGCAUGUUCCUGUGCAGCAUGGAGAGGAGUGGAGGAGGGUCAGCAUGAAGAGAAAUUUCCACAAGUUUGUAUUUGCAGUUUUGACUGGUACUGUCAUUCUUCGCUUUGCCAUCUUAAAAUUUUCCAAGGAUCCUAUCUCUCCCAGUGAAAGAGAGAAUGUAUUAAUGCAACCAGAUGAUUUGUUGACUACCACUGCACAGAUGCCAAUUAUCUGCAAAGAAAAUACUUCCAUCAAUACAUUUCCAAAGUUUAGUGAACAACCUCAACACAUGAAGGACUUUCUUACUUAUCGUCAUUGUAAGAGCUUCCCACAACUUCUUGACUCCCCUAUGAAGUGUGGUGGCCCUGAUAAGUCCAGUGAGAUCUUCCUAUUGCUAGCUAUUAAGUCCUCACCAGUCAAUUAUGAACGUCGCGAGGCCAUUAGGAAGACAUGGGGGGGAGAAGAUAUUUAUAAAAAAUUUCAAGUUCGGAGAUUAUUUCUAAUUGGAAUUCCAAAGCCACAAAAGGAGGAGAAGAGAAUCCACGAAUUGCUGAAAAUAGAGAGCCAGACAUACAAAGACAUCUUGCAAUGGAACUUUUUUGAUACCUUCUACAAUCUAACACUCAAGCAGGUCUUGUUUCUCCAGUGGCUAGAAAAUAGAUGUCCUGGAGCAGAAUUUGUUUUCAAUGGAGAUGAUGAUGUUUUUCUCAACACUAUUAAUACCUUUACAUAUUUGCAUGGCUUAGGUAAGAGUGGACGGGACCAUCACCUCUUUGUUGGGGCACUGAAUAUAGGGAUGCCCCCUGUACGGGAGCCAUAUAGCAAGUACUAUGUCUCAGAAGAACUGUUUGCUGGAGAUUCAUUUUUACCCUACUGUGGAGGUGGCGGAAUUCUCAUGUCUGGUUUCACAUGCCGAUCUAUAUUUAAUGAAUCUAAGCAAAUCUCAUUAUUUCCUAUUGAUGAUGCCUACUUUGGAAUGUGCUUGGAUCGAGCUGGACUAAAACCAGAAAAUCAUGAAGGAAUCAGGACAUUUGGGAUUAAUUUACCAGCUGCUGAGGACUCCUUUGACCCAUGUUAUUAUCGUGACAUGCUAGUGGUGCAUCGGUUUGUGCCUUAUGAAAUGCUUGUUAUGUGGAAAGCUCUACAGGUUACAAAGCUUAACUGUAGAAGAAAUAAAUUUGUCAAAUAAGACAAUUCAGAGAAAAAGUGAACCACGAAAGGGAAGGAGGGUAAAUAAACAGUGGUUUCUGGUUUAGCAAACAGAAAUGUUUUUUUUUAUUCUAUAUCAUAACAUAUUACAAUGAUUUUAACACU